AUGGAAGAAGACGUUUUCAAAGAUGACGAGGAGAAGCAGAAGAAGAUCGUCUCUGAAGGGAAGGAUACAAAGGGUGAUACCACAACCGAGAAGGAUACCACAACUGAGAACAAAGAAGGAAAAGGAUCUACUGCCGAAAAGGACCAUAAGGAUGCUAAGGAUAAGGAAAAUGAUUCCAGAGGAAAGAGUUCCUCUGACUCAUCGAAAGGAAAACCAAAAGAUGAUGAUGAUGCCGCAAACAGAAGUCUAUGGGUGAAGAAUCUGCGAACUGAUACUCCGGCCAUUGAAUUGAAAACUCUGAUCUCCAAGUAUGGAAAGGUGCAUCGCGCCAAGGUGGUUAUUGACACUAAGCGUCCCCAGCCCAAGUGCUACGGCUACGUAACUAUGGCAACCGUUGAAGAUGCCAACUAUAUAGCCAAGAAAUACAGCAAGCUGUAUCUGGAUACUGACCAUUUCGUCAUUAUUAGGAAGGUGCAUCGCGCCAAGGUGGUUAUUGACACUAAGCGUCCCCAGCCCAAGUGCUACGGCUACGUAACUAUGGCAACCGUUGAAGAUGCCAACUAUAUAGCCAAGAAAUACAGCAAGCUGUAUCUGGAUACUGACCAUUUCGUCAUUAUUAGGAAGGCGGUAACCGAUCCCUUGAAUCCAAUGAUUGACACGCGACAAAGCGACACGCGACAAAGCGACACGCGACAAAGCGACACGCGACAAAGCGACACGCGACAAAGAAGCGUCUCUUCGUCGAAGUCGAUGCCGCGGCAGCGCUAUCACUCGUCCGACCGUCGCAGCCCAAAGCAGCUGGCUUCGUCGUCACCCUCGCAAAGCCGUGAGAGAGAUAGAAGAGAGAGAGUUGACAGAGAUAGGAGAGAGAGAGGCAAUGAGAGAGUUGACAGAGAUAGGAGAGAGCGAGAUAGGAGAGAGAGACACAGUGAGAUAGAUGACAGAGAUAGGAGAGAGAGGGAAAGGAGAGAGAGAGAUAGGAGAGAGAGACACAGUGACAGAGAAAGGAGAGAGAGAGUUAGUGAGUCUAAGACGGCAAGUAAUGAGAAUGAGAAGGCAAGUAAGGAGACUGAGAAGAUUGAAAAGGCUAUUCAAGAGAUUGAGAAGUUUAGUAAAGAGAUGGAUAAAGCUAGAAAAGAGAUGAAUAAAGAGAAACCGGCUGUUAAGAAGAGUUCGGUCGCCAAGAAAGUUCCUGAGAGACGGAUAGGUGAACCUAAAUAUGACGAAUCGGAACCUCCAGUACCUGGCACCGAGGAGUUGAUGAUUGUCAUCAAACGUGAGCCAUCCCCCAACACUGAACAACAAAAGGAGAAAGAAGACGCAAAUCCUAAGGAGGAAGACAAGGAAAAACAUACUACCAAGGAAGAAGAGGAAAAAGCGAAAGCUCUCAAGGAAGUAGAGGAUAGAAAAAGAAAACUUAAGAGGGAGAAAAUGAAAGCGAAAAAGAAAAGGCAAAUGGAGGAGAAAAAGAAAGAAAUGGAGAGACAGAAAGAGGCUCUAAUCACUGAGAAGUCGGUAGACCCUAUCCGGUCGUCGAGUCAGGGCAGCUUUAAGCAUGACCGCAGCGGUCUUGAGCGGUCAACUGACCGCAGGAGUCCGCAUUCCAGUACACACAUGCGGAGGGAGUUUCAGGGAGGGAAGGAAACUUAUUCACCUAUUCGCUAUCCUAUUCGCAGUUACACAAAUAAUGCACAUAAGUGGACACGACCUGAAGCUGAGAGUGAUCGUUACCGUGACAGGUCUCGUGUCAAGACAAGUCCACACUCGAAUACAUGGCUUCGGCGAGAGAUGGAGAAAUUGGAGAAAGUGGUACAGGUGCGACAACAGAAUGAAGACAUGCUACUCCUCAAGAUAGAACAAGAGAAGCUGAAAUUCGAGCGGGAGAAGAUUGAGAGGGAGAAAAAAGAGCUUCUCGUGCUUCAGAGAGUAACACAAAUUAUAGAGAGAGACCGUUUGAGACACGAAAUCAAUCUUCAGAAAAGACAAAUACAAAUGGAUAGGGAUGAUGAGCCAAUACGGAGGAGAGCGUCGCCAAACAUAGUGAGUGCCUACACUAUAAGGAAACGCUUGAGGUCCUCCUCUACCUCACCGCCUCCUCAGUUUUCUCGCCGUCGUAGAAGAAGUGACAGCAGCGAAAUACAAAUGGAAAGGGAUGAUGAGCCAACACGGAGGAGAGCGUCGCCAAACAUAGUGAGUGCCUACACUAUAAGGAAACGCUUGAGGUCCCCCUCUACCUCACCGCCUCCUCAGUUUUCUCGCCGUCGUAGAAGAAGUGACAGCAGCGAAAUACACAUGGGAAGGGAUGAUGAGCCAAUACGGAGAAGAGCUUCGCCAAAUAUUGUGAGUGCCUACACUAUAAGGAAACGCUUGAGGUCCCCCUCCUCCUCACCGCCUCCUCAUGCUUUUCGCAGUCGGAGAAGAAGUGACAGCAGCGAGGUUAUUAUCAAGAGACAACCAAGGAGGUCGUCUUCACCGGAAAUGGCUUACGGAAGCAGGAGACGUUCAAGGUCACGUUCACCGCUUUCCCCACCCGAUCACAGGCGUCAGGCUGCUAGAGAAUUCAGAUGGUUUCGCCCUAGGUCUCGACCCAUCUCGAUCCCAUCAAGAUCUCGAUCUCGAAGCCUCUCCCCACCCUCUCCCAAACAGGAGACCAGAAAAGUGCUGCUAGAGGUAGAUGACACCCACACUCGUUACGUCAUGGCAGAACCGAAAGAAGUGGUGUACACUGGCAAAGAGAUUCCUGUAUUGUUGAACAACAGUCACGUGGGCGCUUAUGUGGCGACCAAUAAGCAGAAGGACCUCCCUGGCCGUGGCUGUUCCAUCCCAAUCAUGAUCACGGCCCCCACUCAGGCCAGGCCCCUCCCCCAGGCCGGGCCCUUCCCCCAGGCCGGGCCCCUCCCCCAGGCCAGGGUACAGCCACCUCAACCUCAGCAGCCUCAGUGGAUAAGGCCGAAUACCGCUACUGUCGUCAACGUUAAUAAUAACCAAUGGAUGGUACCACCACCACCUGUACGCACAGUGCAUAUAAUGCCGCCGCAGCCCACCGGCAAUGUGUAUCGAAGCAACUUACACCAAAUACAGCCGAGCCCGGCCGUGCACACCAUCAUUCCAAGGAAAUACUAGUCCAGUUUUUAGCCAACACGACGUUUUUGUAAGAAUAACUAUUAAAGAUAGUUUCUCGAAUAUACAAUGUUAGGCUGCGUUUACAACAAAGUUAUUAACAAAAUGUUUAUUUUUACGUACUUAUAGAUUCUAUCAGAUUAAACGGAGCUUGACAAACAUAUAUGCACAUCAUGGGUAUGAUAAGUUAUAUUCAAUCUAAUAGAAUCUAUAAGAACGGAAAAAUAAACAUUUUGUUAAUAACUUUGGUGUAAACACAGCUUCAAGUUAUAGAAUGUUAAUGUUAAUUACAAUGUUUCUCGAACUGCAAUGUAAAAAAUGUGAUUUCUGUUUGAUAUACCGUCUUGCCGCACUACCUCCUUAAACAAAGCCGUAGUGCAUUCGUGUGACGUCAGCACAGGUAAGGCUUCUACACCAAGAAAUAUUCGUUGAUUUCAGCUGAUCUAUAACAGCUAGUGUUUUUAUUGGUGUAGGAGCCCUACCUGUGCUGACGUCACACGAAUGCACUAUGGCUUUGUUUACGGAGGUAGUGCUUGCAGUCACCGCCUUUGAAUUAUAAGUAUUUUAUCUAAAGGUGCAUUUUCGUUCGUGCGUAAACUUCCGCAGUCGACGAAGACAAGCAUUGUUGACAUUCAUACUGUCCAAAACUCAAGUGUGCUAAAACAGCUGAUCAAAUAACUUUCCAUUAUCUGUGCUUAUUGUUCAAGAAUCAAGAUUAAUUAAUUAUUAAUCAAUCAAUAAUAUCAACAUUUUAAAAAUAAAUCUGAGUUUCUUUACAAGUUUUAACAUUUUCAAUAUUUUAAUAGAGUAUUUUCAAGUUAUCAGUGAUGGUUUAGUGAUAUAUUGUUAUUUUAUUUGGUUUUCAACUUCUAAAUUCUAAAUUUCUAGUAAAUAUAUUUUUUAGACUUAAAAUUGGUCAAUUAUUAAGUGAUAAAUAUAACCUAUUUUUGGACAAUUUCUAUCUAAAUUUGAGAAAGGAAGAGUUUUGGGCUUCAAAACUGUUGUUCCUUUCCCACUCAUUCAUAGCUGAGAAAGAUAUUGUAUCUAUCAAUGUUUAAAAAUAAAUAAAUAUUGCAAUUUAAAGUUAUAAAAAAGUAUAAAAUCAACCUCCCACAUUGAAACAUAACUGAACAUAAUCUUACAGGUUAUUUAGACAAAUUGAAAUCUAGCCAAUCUGAGAUCCUCAACCUAUCGUGGUCGAUGACGGCAUUUACGCAUAAACGAAAACUAAGCAAAACUAUAAUGAACUGCAAUGUAUAAAAUAUUAUUAUUUCUAGUUGAUACCCUUGCAGUCACCGCCUUUUAAUUAUAAGUACAGUUUUUUCUCUAAUUCCAAUUUUCCAAUGAAUUUCAGUUCUGUGCUGGUUGACAGAAAAAGAAUAACAUUGAUUCUUAUAGUAGUAUUCACACAUUUCCGGUCAGUCAAUGUGUGAACCAUCCCAUAAGAACCAAUGUUUUCCUCUUUUUGCCCACGCUGUAUCAGUAAUUCAAGUGAAAAUAAUAUGUAUUUAUUUAACAUUCCUCAUAGAUUGUUGUAGUAUAUUUUGGAAUAGUUUAAUAUUCGUAUAGCUUUACAAUUGAAUGGACUAAGUGUGAUUGAAAUUAAUUGUUGACUAAGUGAGCUCCUUAUUCAUCAUGAAUGAAUGAGCAAAUGAAUUUGAAUGAAUGUAUUCAUUUAGUAAACCACUUAUUAGACUAGGCAGUUCUUAUAUUGGUGUUUUCAAUUAUUGUAAAACUUAAUCAAUUAUUUUGAUCACAAAGUGUGAUUAAAAUUUAUUGUUGUUCAAAGCUCAUUAUGAUUGUAUAUCGACUUCUACAGUUUGUAUCAGUUUAUACUGGGUUUUCCAAUUGCAUGUAAUCAAUUAUUAUUAAUGCUGAUUUUCAAACCAGUCUCAGAGUACAGCCAAUUCGAUUAUUCGGAAAGAAUUCUACUUUUCUAGAUACUGUCUCUUAUUAGACUGUUGAAGCCAUUUUAUCUUGGCCAUUAAAUUCUGUUAAUCAUAAUACAGUAAUUACUUGUUGUAAAUUUGUUUGAAUGUUUGUGAUUUUUAGUCUAAAGAUAACGGAUUCUCCGUUACUGGAAGUCCAGUUUGCAAGACAAUAUCUCUUAUUAGACUGCUGAAGCCAUUUUAUCUUGGCCAUUAAAUUAUGUUUAUCACAGAAUGGAUUAAUUUCCAUUGAUAAAAACUGUUUUGUUUACAAGUUUGUGAUUUUUAGUCUCAAGAUGAAGGAUUUCCAAUGCAAAUUAGCACAGUGUGUCAGUUGAAAGUUUUUUGAGAGAGUGCUGUGUUUUGCUAUCACGUUUGUAAAUUAAUUGGAAUGGUGAUCUCCAUACGUAUUUAACUGAAUCAUAAAAUUAUAAAGACGAUUAAAAAAGGCACUUGUUACACAAA